AUGCUCGUCAACGUCUCCCUCGCUGUCGCCGUCGCGGCGUCCCUCCUCGGAUCCGCCGCUGCGGCUCCUCUCGUCGCCGUCAAGCAGCUCGUCGAGCGCAAGGUCAACGCCUCUCCCGACUUUAACAUCACCUUCUCGAGCAGCCACACCGACGGCCUGCCGCGCACCCUCAUCAUGGCGACGGGCGGGACCAUCGCCGGUUCGAGUGCGUCCGCAACCGAUUCCACCAACUAUCGCGCGGGCUCUAUCGGCGUCGCUGCGCUCGUCGAUGCGGUGCCGCAGCUCCUCAACGUGAGCAACAUCGACGGCAUGCAGGUCAGCAACGUCGACUCGGGCUCGAUCACGGACGACAUCGUCCUCCUCAUCUCCAAGCUCGCCAACAAGGCGCUCUGUGGAUCCGACCCCGAGUACGACGCGGUCGUCGUCACGCACGGCACCGAGACGCUCGAGGAGACGGCCUACACGCUCGACGCGACGCUCAUGUGCGACAAGACGGUCGUCGUCGUCGGCGCCAUGCGCCCGGCGACCGCCAUCUCGGCCGACGGUCCGAGCAACCUCCUCGAGGCCGUCACGACGGCUGUAUCGCCCGCGUCGCACGGCCGGGGCGUCCUCGUCGUCCUGAACGACCGGAUCUGCCAGGCCCUCUACUGCGCCAAGACCAACGCCAACGCGCUCGACACGUUCAAGGCGUACGAGCAGGGCUUUGUCGGCGGACCCCUCUCGACCAAGCCGUUCUUCUACUACCCGCCGUCGCAGCCCACGUUCAAGACCGUGUACGACCUGUCGAACGUCACCUCGCUGCCUCGCGUCGAUGUCCUGUACUCGCACCAGAUGGCCACGUUCGACGGCGUCAACGCGUCGGUCGCCAACGGCGCCAAGGGCUUCAUCGGUGCAGGCACCGGCGCCGGCGGCAUCUCGCCUUGGGCAAAGCAGAACCUUGCAUACGUCAUGAGCCAGGGCAUCCCCGUCGUCGCAUCGACGAAGAUCAACAACGGCGUUGUCGCCCCGGACGAGGAUCCGGCGGCGGGCAGCUACAUCUCGUCGGCGCUCCUGAACCCGGUCAAGUCUCGCCGCCUUCUCCAGAGCCUCUGA